CGCCCUGGCAGGCACUGCACCUGCCCACACCGGCCAUCUUUGGCAGUCAGAAACCGGCCACCAAGCACAACAUGUCGAUCACCGGGUUCGAGGGCGAGGAGCGCGUGCGCAUCAAGCAGAUGAUCGAGGAGGCUGGGGCGCGCAUGACGCCGUACUUCUCCAAGGCGAACACGGUGCUGCUCUGCCGCCAGAUCGACAACCAGAAGUACAAGUUCGCCAAGGAGUGGAACAUUCCGGCGGUCAAUACGGUCUGGCUGAGCGACAUUCUGCUUGGGAACCUGAACGCGAUGCAGCAGUGCGAGGCGGCCAAGUACCAGCAGUUCAACCUGACCUGCCACUUCCGGGUCGAUUACAAUCUGGUGAUGCAUCUAAUGACUGCCUGGAAAGCUCCGAUUAAUUUGACCCAAGAAUCGCACGAACGUGUCAAACGGACGCUCAGCGAACUGCCACCACCCGCUAGCGGCAUAAAGCGAGCCCGCACGAUGCCACCGAUGGAGAUGGUCCCGGCGGAAAUUGUCUGCCAGCGGCAGCCUGCCUCGGACGCCAUUCCGUGCAUACUGUUUUCGCAGAUCGACAACACGGAAGGGUUGACACGUGCCAUCAUAACGCUCGGUGGUAAGGUGACGGCCAGUCCAAGCGAGGCGACUCACCUCGUGAUGACGCGUGUCGCUCGCACGGUGAAGCUGAUGCUGGCCCUCGCGUCCGCGCGCCACCUGGUAAGCAGCAAGUGGGUCUCGGAUAGUGCCGUCGCCGGAUACUUCCUGCCGAUCGACGGCUACAAGCUGGACGUGGCCGAGCUGAACGGACAGUUCCAGUGUGAUCUGCACGCGGUGCUCGAUUCGCCGACGCGCACCAAGCUGUUCGAGGGCAAGGUGUUCUUCGUCACGCCCCAGGUGAAGCCUGCCUGCAAGGACGUACGGCAGAUGAUCGAGCAGGCCGGCGGCGUGGUGGAGAAGAACCCACGCACAAUCAAGCGCAUCCGGGAGACGAACGCGGAGAAGCCGGGCAGCUACGUGAUCGUGAGCUGCCCGGAGGAUCGCAUCAUCAUACAGCCGUUCAUCCAGAAGGGUAAGCACGCGGUCUGUCAGAUCUGCACCACCGAGUACGUAAUGCAGUCGAUCAUGCAGCAGCGGCUUUGCAUUGAGCCGCACAUUAUCAAAUGGGAGCUGGGGUCGUAGAUGUGGUCGUCGCGGCACCGCCUAACACUCAACUUCUAAUGUGCAUACGCACGAUGGUGCCGAGAUCGUAUGGAAAAGCAAUAGACGGAAGGUUUGAUUGACUCAUACGAUAGGAAAAUGCUGAGAUGGGUAAUUUUAAAUGUAGGAAUGUAUAAAAUUUCGUGUCGAAUAUCGAGUGUGUUUUUGUUUUUAUUGCGCAAAAACAAAAAACAAAAUAGAAAUUAAACCGAUACGUAAUGGCACUACGAAAACCUACCAAGGGCCACUGAUUUGCAUGAUAUAUUUUUUGAGGGAUCGAAUACUAGUUUUUUUUCUCUUUACUCCUUUCGAUAUUGUACAGAUGUAGUAGGGUGAUAUGGUGGACUAUUAUCUUAUGGUUAUGCGAUAGGCAAACUGUGUGAGCCAUGCUGCGUGAACGUGGAUGGAAGUAUAAUAAAUACAAUAUACACGAAUUAUGUACAUUGACUAGCCCGUACAUAUCUGGCCGGUCUGUCAGAUUUUAAUAUUUUGGCGAAGAUGAAUAAAGUCCUAUAGAUUUGAAUGAGA